GUAGGCAAAAAGAAACAAUUACCGAUCUUUUUAGCUCUAUGAGUGUAAAAAAGCCGUUUCACCACAGAGAGGAUCUGUUAUCUGUGGUGGAGAGUACAGUGGGAUAGGUCAGAUACAGCACCGUUCCUUUUUCUUUGGAUUUUCCGGGUCCUGAAGCACUUUACUUCAUUGCUGAUCCGAUGCUGGAUGGCAGUGGCGAACGAGAAAUCCCUCUUUUCAUCCGGAAAUCUCCAUCUGUUUCGCCUGUGUGUUUUUCUACAUUGCUUUUUUUUCUUUUUAUUUAAUUGUAGUUGGUGAUUUUAUUCUUUGGACCUGAAUGUUGGUCCGGCGAAUAACUGUUUACUGGGACGGAAAGGACAGAGUAAAUAGUAAGGUGGAAAUAAAAAAGACUGAUUAAUUUUAGAAUCUUGAAUUACAAAAGUCAGCAUUCAUGGCAAACGAGACGGUUAUUCUGAACGUAUAUGAUAUGUAUUGGAUAAAUGAAUUCACCACCUCGCUUGGAAUUGGCGUCUUUCACUCAGGAAUAGAAGUAUACGGCAGAGAAUUUGCCUAUGGUGGCCACCCCUAUCCAUUUUCAGGGAUUUUUGAAAUCACGCCUGGAGAUGCAACAGAGCUAGGCGACACAUUCAAGUUCAAAGAAGCCAUAGUUCUGGGAAGCACUGACUUCACAGAAGAGGAUGUUGAACGAAUUGUAGAAGAACUCGGGAAGGAAUACAAGGGAAAUGCCUACCACCUCAUGCACAAAAACUGCAAUCACUUCUCAUCAACACUGUCUGAGAUUCUGUGUGGGAGGGAGACGCCACGCUGGGUGAACCGGCUGGCCUACUUCAGUUCCUGCAUUCCUUUCCUUCAGAGCUGCCUUCCUAAGGAGUGGCUGACACCGGCCGCACUGCAGUCCAGCGUUAGCCAGGAGCUACAGGGCGAGCUGGAGGAAGCAGAAGACGCUGCCGCCUCUGCCUCAGCACCUUCGCCUUCCUCCUCUUCCACCACCACUAAUGCGAUACCCAGGCCGGGCCACCAUGCGAGGCGAUAAUCCCAGAGAACCUCAGCAAUGACUGAAAUGUAUAAUAUGACAACUGGCUCUUACUCAAAACUAAAUUGGCUGGUCUUGCUAACUUUUUGUAGGAAAAGAAACAACAAAAACAGCAUAGUUUUUAGUUCCUUGGCCUUUCAGUUAAAUGCUCAGGAUUGUAAAUUUGUAGUACAUUCUAA